UAGUGAAAGCAGUUUUUAAGGUUAUGUUUACAAAUAAUCAAAUAACCAAAACAAGAUAAAGAAUCAGCUGUUUACUUGAAUAAUAACGAUAACAGCAUGUCGAAAACACCGACUAAAAAUGACUCCAAUUAUAACUUCAUACCUAGAGAGAUUACAACCCCUAAUAAAGACCACCAAGGGGUAUCAAAGACAGUAUAUUCUCACGUCUCAAAACUGCACGGGUUACUAAAUGACUGGAUGAAGAUACGGGAUAAAGGAGUUAGGUUAUGUCGGGCGAUUUCUGCCUUAAAGUUGCAUGAGUGCGAUGCCGACUAUUAUCCAAGUCAACUGAAACAGUUGAUGGAGGGGCUUCUAGACGCCUUGGACGGUUUAAAGAAUGUUGUUGAUGGUGUCAAAAUUCUAAAUAAUCAGUUGCAAGCCUUAGCAAAGUUGCAACCAAACGAUGACCCUGUAAUCAAUAGCUGGCCUGUCACCAAAAUAUCACAAACUGUUAUGAAGAUUUUUGAAUCUCUAGAAAAAGAGUUCAAGCUAAAACAAAUUGUAACAGAAAACGUGGCACAUUGUCGUGAUGAAAAGGUAAUAGAGGUGUACGUCAGUGCGUGGGAAUUCGAAGCCUACUUCAGUCUCGAGUUCUGCGCUUACCUAUUUGCGGAGGUCGGUUUGGCCGGUGUCACCUAACUCUUUGUAUUAUAGACAUUAAAUCAAG